AUGACUGUGAAUCAUCUUGAAAUAAGAAUUUCAAUUACUUAUUUUGGUAUUGAAUUAAAUGUGCUCAAAAGAACUGUAGCAUUAUUUUUAGAAACAUUACCAACUCCGAAUAUAACUAAGAUACAUUCAGAAGAUUGGUUAACUUUUGUUUAUGACGGAUUAGGACUUGCUAAUAUUAAUAUUGACCAUCGAUAUUUAUUACUUAAAAACUUAACAAUGCCAACAUAUUGUUUCAAAGCUAAACAUGUAUUUUAUGACAAGCGAAUAAGUAAUCAUAGUCUUGAUCAAUUUCUUAAUCGAAUAUCAUUAGGUAUUGAUGAGCUUUAUAUAACAUUCAGUCCUUGGGAUGGCUAUAUACAUACAAUUCCAAUUGAUAAAACAGCAUUUCCACAUCGACGAUAUAAAUUUGGUAUUCAGUUGAUGAUCUAUUGCAAUGAUACAAACUCGGAAAAGAAACAAAUGAGAUGGUUAAAUGAAAUAUAUUCGACUAUUUAUCGUGAUUCAACAAAACAUUCAUAUAUUAAUUAUAUGGAUAGAGAUGUACCAAAUUGGAUGGAUUAUUAUUAUAAUACACAUCAACAAAGAUUGCAUAAUCUUAAAUAUAUUUAUGAUAAAAAUAAUCGAUUUUACUUUGAAAAAACAAUCAAGUAG